AUUACAUUUACUUUGUGUAUGGUAACACGUUGAGGUCCCAAUGUUAUCGCAAAAGGUAAACAGGGAUUCAUCCGGAGAUGAGUGAAUCAACAGGAAAUGAAGCACAAAAAGGACAAGGCGUAGAUGUUGCUUCUAGCCUGGAAGGCGAACCAAACACAACAUCUUUUAUGCGAAAUACCAUGGUGAGUAGCACAAUGGUCAGCGGAGAAGCAUCUGAAACUGAUGAUGAAGAUGAGGAAAAUGAGGAAAAUCCAGGAAAUAUGAAAGAAGAUGAAGAUUUGGUGACAGAAGAUAAACAUUUAAAAGAGGAAGGAGAUGCAGACACUGACAUCUUGGAAUCUGAACAGGACACAAGUGCAGGGAAAGCCAAGAGACAGAAAAUUGUCUAUAAGUUUGAUUCUCCAUUCCACCGGAAACUGAGAGAAAGAAAUUUGGAGCUGCGAAGUGACCUUGUGGAAGGCUUAACUAAGAGUUACAAGUCAGCAGGUUCUAAACUUGAAAGCUCCACCUUUCAUCUCAGCAGAGCACAGACAGCUGCAGUGGAUGUCUCACAUAAUACAAGAAUGAUGCUUGAAGAUCUCACUACAAUUUCAACAUUACUGGAGAGCAUUUUGGGGACAGGAAAACUGCUACCUCUUAAAGUUACUGUUAAUUAUAAGUAGUCGAAGAUUCAAUGAAAUAAAUAUAUUAAACCAUAUGUUUAAUUUUACCCUUUUGUUUUAUUAGUGCUUUUAAAUAAUUGCGAGACCCAUGUGUUAAUAUCCUAUAUUGUGUCUUUGUAACAGUCGAAACCUAUGUCAAGCAGCACUGUAUUAAGAGGUGACCCUGUAUCAGCUAUUUUAAGCAUUGGCUUAUCAAAGUCCCAAAUUUGCUUCCCCUUAACCAUUGUAAUAUUCACCUCUAUUAGGCGGUCACCUCUUUCAGGGAGAUGUGGUCACCCUUUACUAAGUCCCAACAGCCUAUUUGUAUGAUCAUCCUUUUGUAAUUAAGAGUCAAUUAAAGUAAUUUUCACCUCUAUUAAGUGGUCACCUCUUUCAAGUGGAUGUGGUCACCCUUUACUAAGUUCCAACAGCCUGUUUGUAUGAUCAUCCAUUUGUAAUGAAGAGUCAAUUAAAGUAAUUUUCACCUCUAUUAAGUGGUCACCUCUUUCAAGUGGAUGUGGUCACCCUUUACUAAGUUCCAACAGCCUGUUUGUAUGAUCAUCCAUUUGUAAUGAAGAGUCAAUUAAAGUAAUUUUCACCUCUAUUAAGUGGUCACCUCUUUCAAGUGGAUGUGGUCACCCUUUACUAAGUCCCAACAGCCUGUUUGUAGUAUGAUCAUCCAUCUGUAAUGAA